GUUACAAGUUGUAAUUAACUUACAACCAAUAUCUUCUUAUAGUUCUUAUAUCCAAUAACUAAUAAAAAUGGUAAAUUUCAACUUUAAAGGCCUUAUGGCACCUGUUUUUACCGUUUUUAAUGAUGAUAUGACUUUAAAUACAAAUAAAAUCCUAAACUAUGCAACAUUUUUGCAAAAAUCCGGCAUAAACGGUGUUUUAGGUGAGUUUAAAAAAUACAGCACAGGACCGGGGCAAAAAAACUUCAAUGGAACAUCGGGAGAAGGGAUGUCUUUAAAUGUAAAAGAAAGGAUGUCAGUUGCUGAAUCAUGGGUUAAAGCUGUAAAAGAAACUAAACAACACUUAAUGGUGCAAGUAGGUGGUGCACCUUUACCAGAUGUGCUUCAAUUGGCAAAACACGCAGAACAAAUUGGAGUAGACUCUAUUUUAUGUUUGCCUGAGCUGUAUUUUAAACCAACAAAUGUGGAAGAGCUUGCUAAUUAUUUGAAAUUGGUGGGGGAAGCAGCACCUAAUACUCCUUUACUAUACUAUCAUAUACCAGCUUGGACCAAUGUUAACAUACAUAUGGGCAAGUUUUUGAAUUUUGUUCCAAAUAAAAUACCAACCUUUAGUGGAAUUAAAUUUACUUCGGUAAAUCUGGAAGAAGGAAUGGAGGCUGUCAGAGCUAAUAACAGAAGUUUUGCUGUUUUUCUGGGAGCAGAUACCCUAACCGCUGGUGCUAUGGCUAUGGGCUUUGAUUCUGCCAUUUCCACAACACUAAAUAUUUUCCCUCAAUUGUCCAUUGAUAUUAUGAAUUUCCUAAAAUCAUCUAAAAUACAAGAAGCCAAAGAAACUCAAGAUAAAUUAUCAACUUUAACAAGCAUUAUAACCAAAAACGGCACAUGGGUACCAACAAUGAAAGCAGCCAUGAAUUUAGCCACCCCCAUAAAUGUUGGUGUAGCUAGAUCACCUUUAAUGAACUUAAAUAAAGACCAACUUACUGAAAUGAAAAACUCCCUUAGCAAACAUAUUAAAUUCCCUGUGUUCAUCACAACAAAAUCCCAAAGCCUGUCCUGUCUUACACUUGGCAACCCCGCAGUUUAUUCUGUCAAUGAUGGUUAUGUUAGGUUAUGUUUACAAUUCUUGACAAAAAUCAUAAAUAUGGAGCAAGUAAAUGUUUACAGAAAAAUGCUUGCAGUAACAGUUACAAGUGUUUUACUAGAACACGGUUUUGAUGGUGCUGAAAAAGAUAGUUUGGGUACAUUAACGGAAAUGCUACAAGCAUUUAUUUGUGAAGUUGGGCAUUUGGGGCGUAAUUAUUGCGAGCUAAAUGGUAGGAGUGAGCCUCUACUAGCUGAUAUAAUUAUGGCGUUUGUUGAUAUGGGGUAUAAUCUCAAUGAGAUUCCGAAGUAUGUAAGGGGUGUUCAACAUUCAGUUCUGCCAAGUCUGCAGCCCCAAACAGCUACAAAACAAUUGAAUAUGUUAUCUGCGGGAACAAAGCAAUCUUUACCAGUUCAUAUACCACAGCAUUAUCCACCUUUUCCGGAUCCUCAUGCAUAUGUUCGCACACCUACUCAUAAACAACCAGUUAUUGAUUAUGAAUCGGUUAGGGAAAAGGCUGCAAUACAGAAAAGGGACAUUGAAAAAGCAUUGACCAAGUUUUUGGCUAAAACCAGUGAAGUGCAUAAUUUGUUUGAGACUGAUGAGGCUAAUAUAUUUCCAUUAAUCGCUUGUAAACCACCUUACCCACCGUAUCUAAGCGCUCUGCUGCCGCAAGACCAAAUCUUCGAUCCAGAAGACCUCGAUUUCGACCCGAAGAGCCAAAUCCUGCAGCAAGUCAAAGACGCGAAGGAGGCGAAGGAAAGGAAACGCGUCAAAAUCGAACCCAAAGAGGAAGUGGAAGAAGCCGAAGAAAAUCUCAACGACUCCGCUAAAAGCGAGGAAAGCACGACUCCAAAGACUUUCAUCGAUAACCCGUAUUUGGCCGCCACAAAGUUGCCCAGCAAAGAGAAUGCUGAGGGAUCAUGACACCAUCCAUUGUCGUGAAGUUUUAUUAUUGGUUAUAAGGUAAUUCACCAUAACUAGAACUCUGAUUUUUUAUUAAUUAUAAUAAUAUAAUUUUU